AUGCGUUUUCCGAAGGCCGAAGCCCUUCCCAGUUUCAUCAUCAGCCGCCAAGCUGGGUCCCUAAUGAACCAGCCCAUCGAGCUUCUUUCCCGGGGCCUCUCAGACCCCAACCUCCGGCUAUCUCAGCCCAGGAUAAGGGAUCCGGAGACACUGCCGCCUCUGGUCGAGGACGUGGCCGGGUUACCGGGGUCCAGACCACGGCCAGAGGUGCGCGGCGCUGCCGCGAUCCCGUGCCCGACUGAUCGCAGGAACCCCGCCAGCCCCCGCUGGCCCCGCUCCUUCGGACGCUGCGCCCUCGCUCAGGGGGGCUCCCGGCGACCACCUCCCUUCGGUGCCCUCCCCGCCCCUGCUGCACCUGGCAAGCCAGCAAGGAAGAGGCCUCUGGGCAGGGGGGAGGGCAAGUCGCUGGGCUUCUCCCUGGAACCGUGGGCGUCGCGGGCGAGAAGGGCAGCGCCGGCCGAGAAGGGCCAGGUCCCCGCGCUCAGCCCCUCCGCCCCGCCCGCCGCCGGCCGCCCGUUUGAUGUCCCGGGCCCGGCAGGAAUGCGGCCGGGUUAUCAAUCACCCAGCUGGAUCCCGAAGGUCUCGGCCUAA